GUUCACUCUCUUUAAUACUCAGGCCGCACCAGAUAAUUAGGGGAGAAAAAAGAUAAAAUCUUUGGCUACAUUCCUAGUAUUUCCCCCUACUUUGCAUAUGCAAUUUCUAAGACUAGAUUUUCCCCUGUUCUGUUUUACCCCCUCCCUGUAGCUUUGGUUCCCAAUGACAUUGAACUUCCUGUUGCUAAAGCCUGUUUUUCUUGGCUUUAGUUGGUUGUUGGCCUGGGAAAAGGUACAGGGGUAGCCCAACUGGAGCAUGAUCUGGGUUCUGGGCAUUCUUCACACGAGGUUAGACAGAGCGUGUGGCUUCCUACAGGGAAUUACUUCGGAGAACACCACCACCUUGGAUAUAUUUGGAACUCUGGUAUUUUUGUUUAAAGAUUUUUUUACUGUAACUUUUAUUAUCUUUGCUCCAUCCUAGUGUAUGUGUUUUUGUUAUUCAGAAGAUAAAUAGAUGCUGAGGCUUGUCUUAGGUUUGUUGUUGUACCCCUACCCCCUUUAGUUUGUCUUAACAGUCCGUCUUCUGAAACUUCUUUUACUUCUCUUCCUGGUACUGAUGCUGUAGCUAUUAACCAUUUAUUGCCUCACAACAGUCUCUUGCUUUCAAGAAGCUAAUAUUUUGAUGACUAGGGCAACCCUUAGCUAAAUACUAGUAACAGUUAAAGAGUAAUAAAGACUGGAGUGCAAUUAAGUGCCUUAAUGUGGCUUAAGCCUCUCCACAUAACGAAGCCUAUGUGACAGAGAAAAGUAAUGACUCUUCGUCCCAGCGGAGCCCCUUGUCCCUCCCUCCCACGCGUACUCACCUUUAUCAGAGACACUUGGUUCUUUCCCCCCAAACUUCUUGGCUCUUAUGCCUUCCUCCAAGCGUCUGAAACUCCGAGAAGGGAAAAUGGGGGAGGGGGGCGUGCCGCUCGCUUCCGUACUUGCCUGUGUCCCAGGCUGUCUGGGGGAGGUGUUGGACGAGCCGCCCCAGUCCAGCUGCAGCCGACCCAGGUCCCAGUCCCUGCCCUUUGCUCCCCUGCUUUUCAAUAAGUCCCGAAGUCCUGGGAGGUGGGCGUGGGAGUAGCCCAAGCUGAGGCUAAGAAGUCCUCCCGGACGGUUCAGGGGGCCCCAGGCGAUAGCCACGUUCGUAUUCUGGCUGGAAGCCAGGGGAGGGAGCUUGGGGUAAGGGGAGGGCCCUGAGGGAGGGGUCAGACUCCUUAGGAAAGAGUUAAUGGGAAGAGGGGGAGGGGAUAGGACGAAGAGACCGAAGGGAAGGCUCAGGUAGGAAAAGAACGGAGGAGGGAAGCCUGGUGGGGGGAGAAGGGAGCCUGCAGGAUCAGGGGUCAGAGUUAGGGGGCUUCUCCCCUGCUGCACCCUCAUCCUAGGGCCGCCAACUUCCCGCCGCGGCGGCGACUUUCAGUUUCAUUUCUACGAACCCUUCUGCCUGGGCCGCAGUCGCCGCCGCGAUGCCCAGUAAGUUCAGCUGCCGGCAGCUUCGGGAGACGGGCCAGAGAUUCGAGAAUUUCCUGGUCGAUCGGGGACUGGACAGGGAGACAGAUCGCGAGCGGUUGCGGACCAUUUAUAACCAGGACUUCAAGACCAGCUUUGGGACCCCCGCCCCAGGCUUCUCCUCCAUGCUGUAUGGAAUGAAGAUUGCCAAUCUGGCCUACGUCACCAAGACCCGGGUCAGGUUCUUCGGGCUCGACCGUUGGGCUGACGUGUGGUUCCCAGAAAAGAGGAGAAUGAAGCCGGGGUCGGAGAUGAGCAAACACCACAAGUCGCUGCUGGCCACGAUCUUUUAUGACAGGGCUGAGUAUCUUCACGGGAAACAUGGGGUGGACGUGGAGGUCCAGGGGCCCCAUGAAGCCCGAGAUGGGCAGCUCCUUAUCCGCCUGGAUUUGAACCGCAAGGAGGUGCUGACCCUGAGGCUUCGGAAUGGAGGAACCCAGCCUGUCACCCUCACCCACCUCUUUCCAUUCUGCCGGACCCCCCAGUUUGCCUUCUGCAAUGGAGACCGGGAGCUGCCCUGCCCACUCGGCCCUGGUGAAUGCUAUGAGCUCCAUGUCCACUGUAAGACCAGCUUUGUGGGCUACUUCCCAGCCACCGUGCUCUGGGAGCUGCUAGGACCUGGGGAGCCAGGCUCAGAAGGAGCUGGCACUUUCUACAUUGCCCGCUUCUUGGCCGUCGUGGCCCACAGCCCCCUGGCAGCACAACUGAAGCCCACGACUCCCUUCAAGCGGACCCAGAUCGCUAGAAACCCUGUGGUGACCAACCGGAUAGAGGAAGGAGAGAGACCCGACCGUGCUAAGAGCUAUGACCUGGAGUUAAGUAUGGCACUGGGAACAUACUACCCUCCCCCCCGCCUCCGGCAGCUGCUCCCCAUCCUUCUUCAGGGAACAAGUAUCUUCACUGCCCCAAAGGAGAUUGCUGAGAUCAAGGCCCAGCUGGAGACACCCCUGAAGUGGAGGAACUAUGAGGUGAAGCUCCGGCUGCUGCUGCACCUGGAGGAGCUACAGAUGGAGCAUGACAUCCGGCACUAUGACCUGGAGUCAGUGCCUAUGACCUGGGACCCCGUAGACCAGAACCCCGGGCUGCUCACACUGGAGGUUCCCGGGGUGGCCGAGAGCCGCCCCUCAGUGCUGCGGGGUGACCACCUCUUUGCCCUUUUGUCCUCUGAGAUACAUCAGGAGGACCCUGUCACCUACAAGGGAUUUGUGCACAAGGUGGAACUGGACCGGGUCAAGCUGAGUUUUUCCACAAGCCUCCUGAGCCGCUUUGUGGAUGGGCUGACCUUCAAGGUGAACUUCACCUUCAACCGCCAGCCCCUGCGGGUGCAGCACCGUGCCCUGGAGCUGACGGGGCGCUGGCCGCUGUGGCCCCUGCUUUUCCCUGUGGCCGCUCGUGGGGUCCCGCUGCUGCCCUCAGAUGUGAAGCUCAAGCUGUAUGACCGGAGUCUGGAGUCCAACCCGGAGCAGCUGCAGGCCAUGAAGCACAUUGUUAUGGGUACCACCCGCCCCGCCCCCUACAUCAUCUUUGGGCCUCCAGGCACUGGCAAGACUGUCACCUUAGUGGAAGCCAUCAAGCAGGUGGUGAAGCACUUGCCCAAAGCCCACAUCCUGGCCUGUGCUCCGUCCAACUCGGGGGCUGACCUCCUCUGUCAACGCCUCCGGGUCCACCUGCCCAGCUCCAUCUACCGCCUCUUGGCUCCCAGCAGGGAUAUCCGCAUGGUGCCUGAGGACAUCAAGCCCUGCUGUAACUGGGAUGCAAAGAAGGGGGAUUACGUGUUUCCUUCCAAGAAGAAGCUGCAGGAAUAUCGUGUCUUAAUUACCACGCUCAUCACUGCCAGCAGGUUGGUCUCUGCCCAGUUUCCCAUCGAUCACUUCACACACAUCUUCAUCGAUGAGGCUGGCCACUCCAUGGAGCCAGAGAGCCUGGUGGCCAUAGCAGGGCUGAUGGAAGUCAAGGAAGCAGACAAUCCAGGAGGGCAGCUGGUGCUGGCAGGAGACCCUCGGCAGCUGGGGCCUGUGCUGCGUUGCCCACUGACCCAGAAGCAUGGGCUGGGGUACUCAUUGCUGGAGCGGCUGCUCACCUACAAUGCCCUGUACAAGAAGGGCCCUGAUGGCUAUAACCCCCAGUUCAUAACCAAGCUGCUACGCAACUACAGGUCUCACCCCACCAUCCUGGACAUUCCUAACCAGCUGUAUUAUGAAGGGGAGCUGCAGGCCUGUGCGGACGUUGUGGACCGAGAGCGCUUCUGCCGCUGGGAGGGUCUACCUCGACAGGACUUUCCCAUCAUCUUUCACGGCGUAAUGGGCAAGGAUGAGCGUGAAGGCAACAGCCCGUCCUUCUUCAACCCCGAAGAGGCUGCCACGGUGACUUCCUACCUGAAGCAGCUCCUGGCCCCCUCCUCCAAGAAGGGCAAAGCCCGUCUGAGCCCCCGAAGCGUGGGCGUCAUCUCUCCAUACCGGAAGCAGGUGGAAAAAAUUCGUUACUGCAUCACCAAGCUUGACAAGGAGCUUCGGGGACUGGAUGACAUCAAGGACUUGAAGGUGGGCUCCGUGGAAGAGUUUCAAGGCCAGGAGCGCAGCGUCAUCCUCAUCUCCACCGUGCGGAGCAGCCAGAGCUUUGUGCAGCUGGAUCUGGACUUUAACCUGGGUUUCCUCAAGAACCCCAAGAGGUUCAAUGUGGCUGUGACCCGGGCCAAGGCUUUGCUCAUCGUGGUGGGCAACCCGCUCCUGCUGGGCCACGACCCCGACUGGAAAGUAUUCCUAGAGUUCUGUAAAGAAAACGGGGGGUAUACCGGGUGCCCCUUCCCUGCCAAGCUGGACCUGCAGCAGGGGCAGAACUUACUCCAGGGUCUGAGCAAACUCAGCCCCUCUACCUCAGGACCCAAAAGUCACGACUGCCGGGAGCGGGAGGGUGAAGGGGGCCUGCCCCUGCAGGUGGAGCCAGAGUGGAGGAAUGAGCUCUGAGGACCGCCCACCCGACCCUUCCCCUGCUGCUAACAUCAAGCUGCUAACAACUGGGGGAAGGGGGAGGAAGUAAAACUGAAAAAAAAAAAAAAGCAAAAAAAAAAGCUUAUUCUAUGCAAAAGCCUCUGUGUCUCUUCAGACUGGCCCCAGCUUCCUGAACUCCCAAGAUGACCUCACAGGGGAGGGUGGGACCGUCACACCAGCCCAGGGCCAUAC